GACAGCACCCAGGGGUGCACCCAGCCAGAGGAUGCUGCAGGGCACCGGCCCUGUGGGGCCACCCAACAAGGUAAGUGUCUCGCGGACGUGGCUGUCCCCAGAGCAGGUUGACAUCAUGCCAGGGGAUGCGGAUGCCAUUGGGAAACUGAUGGAGUCAUCCAUCAGCUGUGCGCUCCCGUCCAGCUCUGGCCAGGCAGUGUUUUUGACCCCUCCCCAGUGUCCUCGUGCCUCUGUUUCCCUGCUGUGCAUGGGACAGUCUGGGCACAUGUGCUGCUGUGUUGUUGGCCACUCCCUGUUCCUGGUGGCACCGGUGGCCACAGGACUUGCUGUUCGAGACAGGCAGUGGGGCUUUGGGGACAACAAGCAUUGGUGUAUUGUGGAGGCCAUGGUGCUGGCCACCCUAUAGAGGGGAGUGCCUUUAGGGCGCAAUUCAUGGUGCGUCCAUGCUGAGUUUAUUCAUCUCUGCAUCUCCGAGUGUGGUCGCAUCUCCUCAAUUUUGCUCCAAAUGGGGGUUUUGUAGCAAAUUACUGUACUUGAUUGUUUUUUUUUUUUUUUUAAGCAUCCAAUCCAAAGCCUUUUGCAGGGCUACAGAGCCCUGGCUCCCUGCUUUGGGGACGUAGGGAUGUACCUGGGGGUAUCCCCCCACCCCUCAGAGCCUGGCACGUGGCCAUGAGCGAGCAGCAACACGUAUGGGGAGUGAACCUCCUGCUUCGAGGGGGGGGGAAUAUGAUUCAUGCAGGCUGGGAGUGCCCUGCUGAGCACUGCCAAGUGCGGUGCACCCGUGUGGGUGGCACGGAGCUGGGAAUGGUCCCCUUAGGGCUGUAGACCCCAAAAAGAAUUGGCUGUGACCCCCACCCCAAACCCUUGGAAGCUCCCCAGAGAGAGAUGGGGAGGGUCUGGGGGUCAUAGGUCCCCAGGCACAAUGGGGUUAGCCACCAAGAUCGGGGGGCCUCAUCACUGCAGGGAACAGAUCCCUGUCCUUGGAACGCUCUCCUGUCCCACAUCAAUCUGCUCCUGCUGACACAGGCACAUUCCCACAUUCCUCAUCGCUCUUUCCUCUCUCCCCUCCUACCAAAGGACAAAAGCCAUCCUGAGCUGUCAGCGCCCGGUGUUGCAAGCCUGAGCCAGCUCACUGGCUGCCAAACCCCAAAAUGCUUCUGCCAGGCGGGGCCAAAGCAGUGACGCUGAGUCCCGAAGCCACCACGGGCGCUGACGUUCCCAUUCCCCCCCCCCUGCUGUAAGGCUGAGAACAUACACAACUUGUGUCAGGAGCGUGUGGCUCCCUCCAAGAAUUCGAGCAGGGGGAAAGCAGUGGAACAAAGCCGCUGGGGAUUUUGGGAGCAGGCGUGCCCCACAAGCUGGGGUUGGUUGGGGUGGCUGGGCGGGUGGGGCGAGCCUAAUUAGUACCUGUGCGCGGCAGCGGCUGAGUCACCCCGCAUUCAUUGCCUCUGUGCUCAGAGCCACUAGCCCGGCGGCACUCAGCUGCCCCAUGCCCGAGGCCGGCGUCUGCUCGCUGGCUCUGCCCUCGGACCGCCAGCUGGACGGUCGCGGCCGAGAGGCGGCCGAGGCCCAGCGGCUGCGCAGCGCUCGUGUCCAGGAGCAGGUCCGCAUCCGCAUGAUGCUGCGGGGGCAGGCGGCCGCCCCACGCCCCGAGACCGUCGCGCUUGACCCGGUGGACGGCAGAGGAGGUCCAUAUGGCACGACCGUGCGCUCCUCCUUUAGCUCCCGCUCCCAGACCAAUGGCUUGGACUCCAAAGGCUCGCUGUACCAAUCCAUGGCCAAGAAAGAUUUUGGCACUCUCAAGGGCAGCAGCUGGUCCUCGCGGUCGGCUGUGGACCUCACGCCACACAAGCGGAUGGCAACUGUCAGCAACGGGGGGAUGCCGAAGGGCCGGAGCUACGGUGUGGGCUAUGCCAUGUCGCAGGCUGCCAACACCUCCCCACGGCCCAGCUCCUUCCACGAGCGCAACUACCGGGCCCGGCAGAGCUUUGACACGCUGUCGCUGCGCUCCCUGCGGCUGGGUGAUGGGCCACUGCCUCCCAGCGCUGCAGAUGACCGCUACAGUAUCAUCUCGGAGCAGCUGGACCCCAUGGGGCACCGGUCCCUCUACAAAAACCAGGGCAACGGUGGCUUCAGCCGCUCGUACACCUUCGAGAGGCAGAUGAGCACUGGUUCCAACGCAAAGAGCUCCGACUGGUUGGAUGGCGGAGAGGUGCCCCAGAGCCGCACCAUUCGGGCGCCAGCCAUGCGCACGCUCCAGCGCUUCCAGAGCAACAACCGCUCGCGGCUCAGCACCAGCUCCUUUGGCAGUAUCCAGCCGUCCUCACAGGCGGCUCUUGGGAGUUCCUACAUGGGCAUGGUGGAGCACAGCUCCCGUGCGCCCUCCGUGCGCAGCCUGGCUGAGUCCAGCCACCACCUCCAGGAUCAGCGUGCCAUGGAUAUGUACAACGGGCACAGCACGCUGCUCACCCAGCAGUCAGGAGGGUUUGACGACAUUGACCUGCCCUCAGCGGUGAAAUACCUGAUAGCCAGUGACCCCAACCUACAAGUCCUGGGUGCUGCCUACCUCCAGCACAAAUGCUACAGUGACAGUAAUGCCAAGAAGCAGGCUCGCAGCCUCCAGGCCAUGCCCAAGCUGGUGAAGCUCUUUAACAGCCCUAACCAGGAGGUGCAGCGCCAUGCAACAGGUGCCAUGCGCAACCUCAUCUACGACAAUGCUGAGAACAAGCUGGCGCUGGUGGAGGAGAACGGCAUCUAUGAGCUCAUGAGGACACUGCGGGAGUCCGAUGAUGAGCUCCGCAAGAAUGUCACAGGGAUCCUAUGGAAUCUUUCCUCCAGUGACAACCUGAAAGAUCGCUUGGCUCGAGACACACUGGAGCAGCUCACGGACCUGGUCCUGGUCCCCCUCUCUGGCCUGGGUGGCUCUGGUGUCAUCCAGCAGAACCCCUCCGAGGCAGAGAUCUUCUACAACUCCACAGGCUUCCUCAGAAAUCUGAGCUCUGCGAGCCAGCAGACCCGGCAGAAGAUGCGUGAGUGCCAUGGGCUGGUGGAUGCCAUGAUCCACUACGUUAACAGCUCCCUAGAAGUGGGGAAGUCAGAAGAUAAGAGCGUGGAGAAUGCUGUCUGUGUCCUGCGCAACCUCUCCUACCGCCUCUACGAUGAAAUGCCCCCCUCCUCCCUCCAGCGCCUGGAGGGCCACCGUAGGAACAACGGUGGAACCAUGACAGGGGAGCUGGUGGGAUGCUUCAGCCCCCAGAGCAAGAAGGCUCGAGAGCACUAUCUGAAUGCAGACAUCGUCACUUUCACGGAGGUGUCCAAGGACCCCAAGGGCAUGGAGUGGCUCUGGAACCCACAGAUUGUGGGCAUCUACAACCGGCUGCUGCAGCGCUGCGAGCUCAACAAGCACACCACCGAGGCGGCCUCGGGUGCCUUGCAGAACAUCACUGCUGGGGAUCGUAGGUGGGCAGGCGUGCUGAGCCGGCUGGCUUUGGAGCAGGAACGCAUCCUGAACCCCGUGCUGGACCGCGUCCGCACCGCUGACCACCACCAGCUGCGCUCCCUGACAGGGCUCAUCCGCAACCUGUCCCGCCAUGCACGCAACAAGGACGAGAUGUCCACCAAGGUGGUCAGCCACUUGAUUGAGAAGCUGCCAGGGAGCGUCGGGGACAAGGCACCACCUGCUGAUGUUAUCGUGAACAUCAUUGCGGUGCUCAACAACCUGGUGGUGGAGAGCCCCAUGGCUGCUCGCGACAUCGUCUACUUUGAUGGCCUCAGGAAGCUCUUCUAUGUCAAGAAGAGGAGGGACAGCUCAGACAAUGAGAAGUCCUCCCGGGCAGCAGCCAGCCUCCUGGGCAACAUGUGGCAAUACACCAAGCUCCACCGGGACUUCAAGGUGAAGGGGUACCGGAAGGAGGACUUCCUCAGCCUGUAAGAACAGCCCCAGGGAGAAGGGACUGUACAGCCCUCGGUCUCCCCUCCGGGACGCGCCUUGCUGCCUCCUGUGACCCCGGAGAAGCCGCUCACCGCAGGACUCCUGCUCUGUAGCGUAGUCCCCCCUGCUCCUCAUGUCUCUUGCACCUACCCCCUGCUGCUGGGCACCCCGUCUCUGGGCUGGGGAUGCAGGGGCUAAAAAUGUGUCGUCGUCGUCGUCCCCCCCCCACCAUUUUUGCACCACUUCACGCUUGGCAGAGGGGCAGGAAGCUCUGGGGGAUGCUUUUGGGGGUGUCCCUAUCCCAGCUGCUCCCAGAAUCUCAUUGUGCUGGGCUGUGCCCUGCAUGGGGAUGGGGCUUUGUAGAGCAUGGGGGGGGGGCAUCCGUGAUGGCCACUGGUGUCUCCCCGAAGUUUUAAGGGGCUAUCCUUGACUGCAAGGAGCCAGAAGCAGCAUCAGUGCCCACUUUGCAGCAAGGACCCCAUAGCUGCUCUGUUAAGGACCUGGGGCUGUUCAGGGCCAGUGCUGCGUAAGCAAGAUCCAGGCAGGGCCAGCUAGCUUGUGUUUGCUGGGUGGCGUCUCCCCGCGGGGUGGGGAGAUGCCCUCAGUGCCCGGUGCAGGUGGGGCCAGCACGAGUUCAAAGCUCAGCCAGCAGAGGCAGAGGGUUGGGGUGCAUGGGAGGCUGUGGGUCGCUUGGGUCUGCCAGUGGGGUUUGGGACUGGGGAGGGAGACCCUGUGCUUGGGUGUGCCCCAUCUGGGAAAUGGGGUAGAGUAGGUACAACAGGGGCUGGGAAGUCAGUGGGGGGGGAGGGUGGGGGAAGGCGGCGAGGGGGAAGAGUGAGCAGUGUGGCCACAAGAAACCUCCCCCAUACUGGCUAUGACAUGUUGGGACCCUCUGGGGAUGGGGCAGUGCAUUUGUCCCACCAGCUCUCCAUGUAGAGGCUGUGCACUGUGUAUCCCCCAAAUAAAGACCUUGAACAAUA